AUGUCCAAGACGAUCAACUCGGUCUACUUCGACGCCGCCGACUCGGGCAGCUUCUUCUUCGACGGGGACGCACGGCGCAUCGCUGGUGCUGAUGUGACGAAAGGCAUUUGUAAGUUCACCCCCUUAAUACUUGCUGCAAAUGAGGGCUUGACAGAUUUUUAUGAGUGUUUAAUUGAGGCUGGUGGUGAUCCUAACAUUCCUGAAGAGGAUGACCCUGUGUACAAAAUGAAUCUGGCUGAUUUGAAGCUAGAAGGAAACAAGGCAUACAAGAACAAAGAUUAUUCUACUGCAGAAAAACUCUACUCCGUGGCUAUAAUGAAGAGUGCCGGUCCACCUGAUGCAACAUUGUUCUCCAAUAGGAGUCUCUGCCUGAUUAAAAUGGGUGAAGGAGAGAAGGCUCUGCUUCACGCUGAAGCAUGUUGGGUUAUGCAGCCUUAUUGGCCAAAAGCUUACUACCGGAAAGGGGCUGCUCAUAUGCUCUUGAAGGACUAUGAAAAAGCAUGUGAUGCAUUUCUUGAUGGCCUGAAGUUGGACCCGGCAAAUGCUGAAAUGAAGGAGGCACUCAAAGAGUCUUUGAACUCCUUGAAGAUAUCUCGCGCAACAACAAAUCUCUUGGAGUUGUCCCUCGCCCACAAGAACAUUAUGCAAGACUAGGCCCCACCUGCUUCGGUGUCCCGCCUAAUCUGCAAUAAUCACCAAAUAUUUCUCUGCAUUAGCUAUCAGUUGGUUCU